GUUUUCAAUUUCCUGGCAGUUGUAUCCUUUUGGAUCGUUUGUGAAAAUACAAGUGCAUUUAGUCCUAAUAUGUCAAGAGGGUCAUACUUCUUUUCAACUGUGGCGGUGGCGGUGCUGGCAGUGGCUCAUAAGCAAACAAGCGAGUCUUUUCCAGUGGAUAAAGAUGUUUUCAACUCAACACCAACCAGUCCUACCAACACAACAGGGACACGAACCUCAGCAACGUUGCAACUUGUUAUUGUGUUCACUCGACACGGAAGCAGAGGACCUGGGUUUGCCUACCCAACCAGCCCAUUCCAGCCUCAGGAUACCACUUACUGGCCCAACGGUUGGGCGGAACUAACAGAUAAAGGUCACUUGCAAAUGUACACACUUGGAAAGAAAUUUCGUUCGUUGUACGAUGGGUUUCUGGAAGAAAUAUACAGCCCCAAGGACUUCCAAGCCAACACCACUCUGCUUGAACGGACCAUGAUGAGCGCGAGUCUGUUUCUAGCGGGGUUGUUUCCUUCUCGUGAUCUACAUUUGUAUAACACAUAUUUUCCCUGGAAUUCUGUGCCGAUAUACCCUACCUACAAGGAUCACUACAAUAUUGCGUACAUGAUAGGGUCUCAAGAGUGUCCGAUAUUUCAAGCAGCUUCGAGCGAGGCUGUGGGGCGAUUCAGAGAUGAAUAUAAGGAAAAUAUUACCGAAUUCCUUGAAUUUGUUGGACCAUACACAGGAAUUGACCUUGCAGAGUCAUUCAACAGCACCGAAUCAAUUUGGAUGGCCAUUUUCACAAUUUGGGAGUCUGUUUAUACAGCGAUUGAGGAAGGACUUUCCUCUUCCCUCUUGGACGGACAAAAUCUACCCACAACCCUUAACCUUCUUGGCCGAUCAACUUCUGAGGGCAUCUUCAGUGGGCUCGGACACUCAGAUAAGAUAUGCAGAGGGUGAAUAUUUUAAGGUGGUUUUAAGUCUGAUGAAAGCAAAGAUCGAGGGUACCCUACGCCCAGACAGGAGGAUGUUUUACUUCUCCGGGCAUGAUUUCACCCUCUUGGGGUUACAAGGUGUUCUGGGAUU